GCAUCAGGAGAGGGGGGGGGGGGGGUGUUGUUUAUAACGUGCGGUCUUCAUCGGAGCGGCACACCAGCAUCAUGCUGCUCCUCCUCUGCCUCACUCUGGCCGCCGCUCAAGGCUCCGCCUCCAAGGUGAGUGGAGCUGGCAGCACAGAGGUGGAGUUCGGUGGAGAAGCCCACUAUGAAUGCACCGUGGAUCCCGCUAAAGGUGUGCAGCAGGUGACCUGGCAGAGGUCGUUUGAGGACGAGUCCAUUGAGAACCUGGCCACCUUCAGCCGCCGCUUCGGGCAGGAGGUCAACGCGGCGUACCGGGGGAAGGUGGAGUUCACCAGGGCGGCGCUGAACUCCACCGCCAUCCGCCUGCGGAGCGCCUCCUGGGAGGACGAGAGCUGCUACAUCUGUCUGUUCCACAUGUACCCCGAAGGCUCCAAGAGGAGGCACACCUGUCUGAAGGUCACAGGCGUCUCCUCGGUGAACACCAGCGCGGCGCUCCUGCAGCAGGAGGAGGAGCGGGGGGAGGAGCUACACGCCUUCAGCUGCUCCGCCACGGGAAAACCAGCUCCCUCCAUCCACUGGGAGCUUCCCCCAAACGCCGCGGUGGAAAACCAAACAGAGACCAGCACCAGCAGGAACCCAGACGGCACCGUCACCAGCAGCCGCAGCGUCACGCUCAGAGCUCCGCCCCUCUGGAGCGGCGGCGUGGACUGCGUCCUGAACCAGGGAACCGGCAGGGAAAGACGACACAGGAUCACCUCCAGGAAUCAGGAGGUGAUGACCAAAGGUUCCUCAGAGUCCGGGCGUUCUCGGUCGCACAUCACGCUGAUCGUCACGGCCGCAUGCUUCGCCGUCUGCAUCUGCGCAGCCGCAGCAGCUGCUUCCAGGUGGAAAAGGAGGUUAAAGACGGACACACAGACGGUGGAGGAGGUUUGAUCUGCGUUUCAGCAGUUCAGAAGCUGCAGUCCAGGAUCGAGGCUGCAGAUGUCCUGCAUCCGCCGCCGCCACAGCUGCCGCCGCCGCCGCCGCUCUGUGCAGCUUCAGUGAAGCAGAAGAGGCGCUUGGUCCACAAAGUUCUUCUGGAGAAGUUGUUUCUUCUGAUCGUUCAGUGAAACCUGCAGACUCAGACUGGCGCCCUCUAGUGUUCACAGAGCCUCUGGUUUCCCAACAUUUACCUCAAUAGGAGCCACAUUUCAUGUGUUUUUUGCUCUUCUUGUGUUUUUGCACAUGCAGUUGUUGCAUAAGCUGCUUCAUGCACUUUAUUCCUAUUUAUGUUGUAUUUAUUGUUCAGAAUUAUAAUAAGUUAUUCAGCGUUUGUUGCACUAAUCAUUCCCAGUCACUCAGCUGUGGUUCAGCUGCAGGUGUGACAGAGUUUUGUGUUUGUCUGGUAUUAAAUGCAGAUUCCAGUGUUUCAGGAUGGAUGGAGGUCAGCGUGUGAACAAAAACGUUUCUCAUUAAAACUCUGGAAAACA